UGAAACGCCACAAACGCAAAAGCGUGCCAUUAUUGUGAAAAGGCAAGCCGGAUGUUACAUCUGCCGACACGUCAGGCUUGCCUGCACCGGAAGUCCUCGUCCGUUUCGGUGACGCUGCAUAAGACUGAAACAUGGAACGGUGCAGGCUGCUCGGACUGGUCCUUCUUAGCCUGGCUUUGAGUGGAGCCCAGGCUGUCACACCAACACACUACCUUUCCCUCUCUGAUGUUUCCCGGCUUCAAAACCUUCUUAGUCAGCCCUUCAAAGACUUGGAGUCAGCCUAUUAUUCUGUUCUUGGCCUCACCAAACUUGGAGCCAACGUGCCUGAUCACAAGGAAGUAUGCCAGUUCCUGAAAUCCCAGCUUGACGCUUCUAGUGUUGACUCGCUCUUCUUUGCAGCGGAGACCAGUCAAGCCAUAUCUGGGUGUGAGAUUCCUGUGUCCAAUGAAACGCGUGACAUCCUCCUGGCCGCCGUCAGUGAAGACUCCAGCAUGACUCAGAUCCACCGGGCUGUGAGCGCGCUGAGCUCCCUGGGUCUUCCUCUGACCUCUCAGGAGGUCGUAGGUGCUCUUACAGCUCGCAUCAACAAGGAGGACAAUGUCAUUGCCAUUACCUCAGCUCUGCAAACAGCCACCCGUCUUUCCCAACAGGCGGAGCUUGGAGGAAUACUUGAGGAAAUUGAGGAUCUGACGGCACGUUUAGAUGAUGUCGGUGGUAUCUACCUCCAAUUCGAGGAGGGACUUGAGGCCACUGCCAUGUUUGUGACUGCUGCUUACGCCUUGUCGGAUCAUGUCGAUAUGGAGCCCCCUCUCAAAGAAGACCAAGUCAUUCAGCUGGUGAACUCAAUCUUCAGCAAGAAAUCCUGGGACUCUCUGGCCGAGGCCUUCAGUGUGGCAAAUGCUGCCGCUAUUCUCUCAAACAACCGCUUCCAUGUUCCAGUUGUUGUUGUCACUCAAGGCCCGGCGACAGUGUCGCACAGCCAGCCAACCUUGCAGCUCCUUGUUACUGACGUCAUGUCUCAGUCUCUGGCUUCAGCCGUCGUGCAGGUGGAAUCUGUGUUUGCAGUGGCCCCCAAGACCAUUGUACUUGGCCAAGUACCAUUCACCCUCAAUGAUGGCGUCUUCGAACUGAACUUCAUGUCCCAGCAGCCAGCCAGCGGAUAUUACCAGUUUACUGUUUCUGUAACUGGAGAUAGCCGAUUGAUCGCCAAUCAUGUUGAGCUCAAAGUGAAAGUGUCAACCGAGGUGUCCAUUACCAACAUGGACCUCUCCGUGGUAGAUAAGGACCAGAGCAUCGGCACAAAGACCACCAGGGUCAACUAUCCCUCCAAAGCCAAGAGCUCAUUCACAGCAGACAGCCAUCAGAACUUUGCCAUGUCCUUUCAGUUGGCUGAUGCCAACACUGGAGUCGAACUCACCCCCCACCAGACUUUUGUUCGGCUGCACAAUCAGAAAACUGGCCAAGAGGUUGUUUUUGUUGCUGAGCCCGACAAGAGUGUUUAUAAGUUUGAGAUAGACACCACGAAGCUAAAAUCAGAGUUUGACUCCAUCUCUGGGACCUAUUCUCUAUAUCUGAUUGUCGGGGAUGCCACCCUGGAGAAUCCAAUAUUGUGGAACGUGGCUGAUGUUGUGCUGAAGUUUGUGGAGGAGGAAGCCCCAGCUAUUAUUCAAUCCAAGACUCUCUAUGUACCCAAACCAGAGAUCCAGCACUUGUUCAGAGAGCCAGAGAAGAAGCCCCCAACUGUUGUUUCCAACGCCUUCACGGCACUUGUCCUGUCUCCCCUCCUGCUUCUGCUCAUUCUGUGGAUUAAACUUGGAGCAAACAUUUCCAAUUUAAGCUUUUCUCCCAGCACCAUGGUCUUCCACUUAGGGCAUGCAGCCAUGCUGGGACUGAUGUAUGUCUAUUGGACCCACUUGAACAUGUUCCAGACUCUUAAGUACCUGGCCAUUAUCGGGACUUUGACAUUCCUGGCCGGGAACCGCAUGCUGGCCCAGAAAGCAGUGAAGAGAACAGAGAAAAAAUAAGCCGACGUAAUUAGAAGAAGCAUCAGUAUAUGGAGACAACCACAGAUGCAUCGAAUCUGACUAACGGGAGGAUUUUGUGCGUUGCCAAAUGAAAGGAAAUCCCCAAAAUAUCCAAACGUCUUCAAAAUCAGACCAGUCCAACCCCCGACGCCUCCAGUUGAGUGCUGCAACGCUACUGAUCAAUGCACUUCAUCUUCCUGUGAGAUUAUUUUUCUUGUUGUAAAACAUGCCAGUGACGUCUUUGUGCUUGGCUGUUUUUUUUGUUUUUUUUUAUGGUUUCUUGAUGGAAUUUUUUUUUUUUUUUGUACAUUCCCCUUAGUUGUCCCUUUUGCUCACAGCAGAAUUUGAUCAUCGGUCCUCAUUAGAUCAGAAACGUGAGCCACUUCUGCCAUUUUGAGUUUGAUGUGUCAAUGCAGAGGUGGUUUCACAUUUGUCCCAAGAUAAACUGAUAACGUGUGGGAAAUGUAAGGAUAUGUUUUUCUAAUUAAAAAGCCUAAAUAAAGAAA